CCCGCGGCGCCGGCAUGAGGAGCCGCCGGCCGCGCCGCAGGAGCCGGCAGAGCGCGGGGGAGCGCGGCCAUGCCCCGCACCGUGGCGCUGCGCGGGCCCUCGCCCUGGGGCUUCCGCCUGGUGGGCGGCAAGGACUUCAGCGCCCCGCUCGCCAUCUCGCGGAUUAAUCCUGGGAGUAAGGCAGCCAUGGCUAACCUCUGCCCAGGAGAUAUUAUUCUGGCAAUUAAUGGAGAGAGCACAGAAAACAUGACUCAUCUAGAGGCACAGAACAAGAUCAAAGCAUCUAUGGACCAACUGUUGCUAUCUGUGAACAGAGCUGAAGCCAAGGCCUGGUCCCCCACCCUUCUAGAAGAUGGAAAAGCACAAGCUUACAGGGUCAACGUAGAGGCUGAACCACAGGAUAAUGGACCUGUUCAGAGCAAAAGGCCAGUGCCUCACACUGCUGGAGGGAGCCCGACUGACAGCAAACAGAUGUUGAACUUACAGUACAAUAAUCCAACGCGACUCUAUGCCAAUAACAAUGCUGAGUCCAGUUUGCCAGCACAGCUGAGUGGGCUCCAUAUUGCUGCUUCCCAAAGUGCCGACCCUUUGAGAUCUCUUCCACGGAGCAGAAAUGGGAUCGACAUGGAGUCAGAUGUGUAUAAGAUGCUUCAAGAUUAUGAAAAGCCGGUCUCAGAGCCUAAGCAGUCUGGAUCUUUCCGAUAUUUGCAAGGCAUGUUAGAAGCCGGGGAGAAUGGUGAAAAACACGACAGGUUGGCCGGCCCUCGAAACAUCAAAUCGCCGGUAUCAAAACUUGGCGGUGCCAUGUCUGGAUUGCAGAUGCUUCCCGAGUGCACCCGAUGUGGAAACGGGAUUGUAGGGACGAUCGUCAAAGCCCGGGACAAGCUCUACCACCCAGAAUGCUUCAUGUGCGAUGACUGUGGCCUAAACCUGAAGCAUAGGGGGUAUUUCUUCAUUGAGGAGCAGCUGUACUGCGAAACGCAUGCAAAGGAAAGGGUUAAGCCCCCAGAAGGCUAUGACGUGGUAGCUGUUUAUCCAAAUGCUAAAGUUGAACUUGUCUAAACCCAUACUCUAUUCCUGGAGGGGUCAGAAGGUGGCUCGCCCACCCACACGCACGGCGCUAGUUUUAAAAUAUGGCUGUAAUCAACUCUGAUGACUGGAGUCUCAGUAAAAUGCCUUUUUAUAGAUAAAACGGUUUACACUAGGGAUCUCCAAGGGAUGGUGUUGAAAGCGUAUGAGCAGGUUUUUUCCUUCCUUUUGACACUCUGCUUUGGGGUUUUUAGUUCCUGCCAUAGCUUUGUCCAAGAUCUGUGUAAAUAUUGAUUAAUUUUCUACUUUGUUUCAUAUAAAACCAGUAUUCUUUUUUUUUCCCCUCUUCAUUUUAAAAUGUAAGGAAAACAUUUUAAAAAGCGCAAAAGGAAAUAAGGCACUUUAAGAAAAAAACAGACUUUUAUUGCAUUGCUUUCAUUUCAUACCUUUCAGUAAUACAUGCCGCUGCAGCUUUCAGAGUGAUAAAAGAUUGAAGCCAUGUGGAAACUAAGCACAGUAACUGCAAUGUAGCAUUGAUGAUGGAGUGAAAGAGUCUCUAAGCUAAAUCUGAUCUCACAUAGAGGUGACUGUGGAAAAAAAGAUAUUUAAAAUAGUAACGCAUUAAAUCGCGUUUAAAUUGCAUAGCCUUACUCUAGGUCUACAAGCCUCCUCUGAGUUUUUAUCAAAGAGAAUUAACCUUCACACUUGGCACCUCCAAUCCAUAGCGUGGUUUUUUCCUUCUAUUUUUGGUUUCAUUAUAGCUCUGUUCCUAAUACCCUCUGUCAUCCGGCACUCUCUGACUCCACAUCCCCCAGGGGUGCCCAAUUUCUAAGUGUCUGGAGCCACAGUAGAGCAAGCCACAGGCCCCCUGAGCCAUGUGCAGCCUAUGGGCCAGUGUCAGACAUCCCUGCCGUAGGGCACUGUGUGCACCUAUACAUGUGACAGAGCUGUGCUCUGACUCAUCCUAAUUAGCACACAUCAGAGCAAACUCAAUUAAUCGAGCCUGCUGUAAGUCUUCUGGAGCGUGCUAAUUAGUGUGCUCCAGCAGCUUCCAUGUCACGUGUAUCCAGCAUCCCGUGUAUUCAGCAUCAAACGAGCUCUAGUUAAAGUGCUCCUGCCAUCAUUUUGAAGAGUGGGGCACUGAAUACAUGUGAUACUGUGGGCACUUUAAUUAGAGUGGCUCUAAGAACUGUUCUAAUUAAAGCGCCCCUCCCUCCAACCCAGAGCGUGUGCAUAGAUGCCCUGUGGAAACAGCAGCAUUAAAAUAGUCCUGGGGCCACCUGGCUUAGUCCUAAACUGUUUUUUGGCGUUCAAGUUUCUGAUUUCUCUGUUCUCCCUCCAUUAAAGUUAUUCCUGCUUUGUCCAUGAUGGACCUGAUCUAGCUUUGGUUAUAUUUUUAGCUGUCUUUAGAAUUAUACAUCACCCUCUGUGCCUUUUGUUACCAGUUCAGUAAAACUAAGUAGCUUAGACACUGUUUUCCUGUAUGAAGUUCACCUCCCUGCUACUGAUCUCCCAUGAGAAGAGGCAGUAGGCAGAUGCUGUUACAAUAAUUACUGUGUUCUAUGCCGCAGGUGUGACGUUGCACUCCAGACAGUACUAUAGUGCCUGCCAUGGGAAAGUGGUGCCUCUGUGCCCCCUUCCCUCCCAGUGUAGUCACCAGGAGUCAGGCUGCUUAGUGAGGAUUUGAACUGUACAAACAGCCUAAAAACAGAAAGGAAAAAAAAUCACCUAUUUGCAUCGAAGUCAGGGUUAAAGUGCACACUGCUACAGUUCCUGUACCCUGUUCAGAGAGCUGGUUUCUUCCUCCUGCUUAAAAAGCAGCAAACAGGAACUGUGAGGGAAGCAGGAACUCGCUCUCGGCGGUCCAUCUGACUCCAAGUAAAGCCUUCAGUGCAAGCUGAUGAGAUGGCUUUAGGAGCAGAUGUCCUUUGCUCACUCUCUAGAAAAGGAUGCACAGCGAAACCUCUGAAAAAGAUAUCAUUGCUUGGGACUAUUUCUACUGAACCACAGUCACCUCCUUUCCCUAACCCACGCACCUGGGCAAGCUGUAUUGUGAAAAAAGAAAUGUGUCCCACUUGCAUUAUAGUUGCCCCUUCUCUGCAGACUGAAAAGAAUAUUGAUGGGACAUCUGGGCAGCUGCUCUUUCCUAUGCUGGUUUUGCAUGGAAAGAGUCUGAGAAAAGGGAAAAAAGAAAGGGCACAAAUAUUAUUGAGACCAGUGCUGGGCAUGGAAGUCACCUACUGAAAGAUUCUUCUGCCAGGUGCUGCAGCUCACAGGGAGGGCUUCAAAAUAUCAGAUUUGCUAUUGCGUUUGAAGCUGUGGGCCUCAGAGAGCAGGAUUGCUCUGUGUCCCACUUUUGGUAGGUCGAUUUAUGCUGGGAAGAGCAAAUGGCAAAAGAAUAUAAUGGAAACUGCUAAUGUUGCAGCCGUAGGGUUUAGGAUUUUUCAGUACUGAAUGUCCUUGUCGAGCUGGCAGGGUUUAUCACAAGUUUGUGCUGGGAAAUCAUGAAUCCAGAGAACAGCUGCACUGAAGAGCUCAGUAUUUAGUAAAUGUAAGGAUGCCACUUCUCUUUGUGUGCGUGCCUAGCUCUUUUGGCAGCAGGGCAAGGCAUUUCUCUGCAGGAGAAAGGCCUGCUGUGCAUAUUCCAGCUAACAAUAAUGUAUCACAAUUCCCUCCAGUGAUGAGGGCUUCUAAUUAUUAAAGUGCAGCUAAUGCACAAAGGCUGUCAUACAAUCGAGUCUCUUUUUUUCCCCCUUGCAUAUCAUUAGACUUGGUUAAUGGUUUGGACCAUUUAAGCAUAAAUACUUUGGACAACUGUAAAUGAUUAGGGGGUUAGCAGUAUUCAAGUAUAAAAUAUUAUUGCUCUGUGUUUGAGGCCACUACUGGGAAUGUAUUAUUUUGCAACUGUCAUUAACAUUCACUUGGACUUUUUUAUUAGCCUUGUAUGUUACUGGGCCAAACUUAAUUGGUUACAAUGCAUUUUAUGAAGUGGGCUCCUGUCUUACCUAAUUCUGAGGUUGUAAAGUAGAUUUGCUUUUCAUACAGACCAGCACAUCAGUGUUAACUAUUGGGCCCUUUUGCAGUUUCUUUCAUAGAAUCAUAGAAAAUGAGAGUUAGAAGGGACCUCAGGAGGUCAUCUAGUCCAACCCCCCCAUUCAAAGUAGGACCAGCCCCAAAUAUAUCGUCCUAGCCAGGGCUCUGUCUAGCCAAGUCUUAAAACCUCCAAGGAUGGAGAUUCCACCACCUCUCUGGGUAACCUGUCCAGUACUUUACUACCCUCCUAGUAAGAGAGGGUUUUUUUCCUAAUAUCGAACCUAAACUUCCCUUGCUGCAACUUGAAACCAUUGCUUCUUGUUCUGUCAUCUGCCACCGCUGAGAACAGUCCAGCUCUGUCCUCUUUUGAACCCCGCUUUAGGUAGUUGAAAUCUGUUAUUAAAUCCCCCUCAGUCUUCUCUUCUCCAGACUAAAUAAGCCCACUUCCCUCAGCCUGUCCUCAUUAAGUCAUGUCCCCCAGCCCCUUAGCCAUGUUCAUUGCCCUUUGCUGGAUUCUCUCCAAUUUGUUCACAUCCUUUCUGUACUGGGGGGCCCAAAACUGGACACAGUACUCCAUAUGUGGCCUCACCAUUGCCAAAUCGAGAGGAAGAAUCACUUCCCCCACUCUGCUGGCAACACUCCUACUAAUGUAGCUCAGUAUGCCUUUAGCCUUUUUUGCAAGAUGGGCACAUUGUUGGCUCAUAUUGAUCUGGUUGUCCACUGUGACCCCCAAGUCCUUUUCUGCAGAGCUCUGCUUAGCCUGUCAGUCCCCAGCCUGUACCAGUGUGUGGGAUUGUUCCGUCCUAAGUGCAGGACUUUGCACUUGUCCUCAUUGAACCUAAUGAGAUUUCUUUUGAUCUAAUCCUCCAAUUUGUCUAUGGAUCUGAAUCCUAGCUCUACCUUCCAGUGUAUCUACUGCUCCCUCCAGCUUGGUGUCAUCUGUAGACCUGCUGAGGGUGCACUCCAUCCCAUCUUCCAGGUCAUUGAUGAAGAUAUUGAAUAAAACCAGUCCCAGGACUGAACUCCGGGGCACACCAUUUGAUACCAGCCGCCAACUAAAGCCAUUGAUUACUACCCUCUGAGCUUGGUGAUCCCGACAAUUAUUUCUGUAUAUAUAUUAGUUAUGGCUCAUCUCCUCUAACUUCUAUUGCUCUAACUUAAAGGUCAUGCCCACCUGCUCACAUGAAAGGUCAUAGACAGCAAGGGGGCAGAAGUCAAGGAGUAUGGGUUCUCUUUCCAAACAUGGCAUUGGCUUCUGUGGGACAUUGGGCAAAUAACCUCUUUCUGCUUCCAUGUCUCCAUCCAUAAAACAAGGAUGAGACUUCCUUCUAAGGGUGUUGUGAAGCAGAUUUCAUUCAUGAUCAUGAAAUGCAUAGGAAUAAAGGAAUAAAUUACAGAAAGUUAAAAAGGUGGUAAGGACUCCCCAUGCAACACUUGCUCUUACCCCACAGUAAGUGUAGGCUAACACUGGCCUGCUUACCUCCGUGGAACAUGGCUAAGUUUCUACAGGUUAGCUUUCUCUUGUCCCACUGUAAGAACGGGCCCAUGGACAGUUACCACAGAGCUGCAGGCACAUGGAAAGUAUCUGAUGUGGAGUAGGUUGUUGCCUACAAAAGCCCAUGCCUUUGAAGCAGUUAGUUUCUGAGGCCCCCUGCCUUAACUUCUGCCUGAUUUCAGACUAGCAUAGAUUGUCACCUCCAGCUUCAGAUUUUAGCUCACUGUAGUUUGUGUAUCUUUACCCUGAAACAGAAGAUGACAGAGACGCUGUGGUGUCCUUUUUUGAAAAAACAAAGAGAUAACAAUGAAAAGUCAUUUCUGUCUGUUGCAAGGGUCUGGAAGUCACAGCAUAACAGCAUCAGGUACCGGACAAAAGUGUAUAUGCCCAUUAGAUACGUGUGGCUUCAGCUGGUCACAUGACGGGCUUCUGGUUCCUGCAGAGAUUUCAUAUUCAUAAAGUUGAACAUCCUCUCCAAGUGAUUACCCAUUUUCUCAUUACGUGACAAUUCGCAGCAACAAAGGAUGCUAGCCAGCGCUCAACAGGCAUGGAUCUUAUGCUUACCUGGCAAUCUGCAGGAAGCAUCAUCACUGAGAGGCUUUACAAGCAAACAAGACUGGAUUGAAGCAGAGCUGGACAGGAGGCCACGCUCUAUGGGCCUGGUCUCACCAGCUUUUUCUAAUUUAAUGUUGCAAGAAUUACACGCUUGCUAGGUUUGGCCAUCUAUCACUUCUCAGUACCUUUGUGUCUCCUGUUCAACUUCAUGUGUAAGGCUAUUUUUCACACCGCAGCUGCUCAGUGUGAACUUCAGAUGUGUUGCAACCCGAACAUGAGGCACACCUUAGAAAUUCAUACAUUGUUUCAUUGCCCUGGUGUAUGGAACAUAUAAAUCAUUUAGGUGCAGGAUCCUCCAUAGCCUAGUCCAGCUGCUAAAUAAUGCCGGUGAGCUCAGAGCUGGGGGACUGUGAUGCACCUCGCUCUUCAGUUGAAAGUAGGCUUCCACAAAUCAUUUUUUCCACACGCUUGUCUCCUGGCUCCUUUUUCUUAUGAGUAAUCAACUCAUUCAAUCCCCCUGAGCUGCUUGAAACAGAGCCACCUCGCAAAAUAAUAUCCUGUGGCAAAUUGGUUCCUGGACUCAUUCCAUUUCAUUUACAUUAUUUGUCUUGUAACAAAUUACUAAAAUCAGCAUGCUGUUUUACCUGCCUCACCAGGCUGGGGCAGAAACAAGCCUUGCAAACACUGUCAGUGUCUGUUAACUCAAUUAUUUAACUCUGUAACGCGUUUGGCAAAUGCAGUUUGUUUGAAUACAAAAUAAAGUUGUAUUGUUGGUU